GAGCUGUCUGUACGUGUGCUGCAGGCUCCGCCCCCUCCUCGGCUGUCUCGUCCACAGACAGGAGCAGAGAUGGAGCCCAGCGCUGCCUGCUGAUGCCCGGUCCUGAUUUCUUCAUAUCCAGAUUACUAGAAGAAAACAUAUGUAAUAUCAUGAGUUACCGUCUUGAUACAAGCCACGUGAAACUCAAUUGAAACCUUAUAAAACUGAAUGUUGGGAGAAAGUGCAGUAACCUAUAUUUUAGCAUUCACAUUUUUUCGUAAGAGAUUCCUUAAAUCAUGAGUGGUUUUCUUUCUUAUUUGGAUCCAAGAAGGAUUCCUUGGGGGGCCACAUGGCAUGCAAUCAAUGCAAGAGUUUUGCGCACCAAACCAGUAGAGUCCAUGCUGGAAGGAACCGCAGGAACUUCAUCUCAUGGGACCAAACUAGCUAGAGUACUGACUACUGUGGAUCUUGUUUCACUUGGUGUGGGUAGCUGUGUUGGCACUGGGAUGUAUGUGGUCUCUGGAUUGGUUGCUAAGGAAAUGGCAGGACCAGGAGUAAUUGUGUCCUUCAUAAUUGCAGCAGUGGCCUCAAUAUUAUCGGGGGUGUGUUAUGCUGAAUUUGGAGUUCGAGUUCCCAAAACGACAGGAUCUGCUUACACAUACAGUUAUGUCACUGUUGGUGAAUUUGUGGCAUUCUUCAUUGGCUGGAACUUAAUCCUAGAAUAUCUCAUUGGUACAGCAGCAGGAGCAAGCGCCCUAAGUAGCAUGUUUGACUCCCUUGCCAAUCACACUAUCAGCCACUGGAUGAUUGAGAGUGUGGGGACUCUAAACGGAUUAGGCAAAGGUGAAGAAUCUUAUCCAGACCUUCUUGCUCUGGUGAUCGCAGUUAUUGUAACAAUAAUAGUUGCCCUGGGUGUAAAGAAUUCUGUUGGAUUUAAUAAUGUUCUGAAUGUCCUUAACUUGGCCGUGUGGGUCUUUAUCAUGAUUGCUGGCCUUUUUUUCGUCAGUGGAAAGAAUUGGUCAGAAGGGAAUUUUCUACCCUAUGGAUGGUCAGGGGUCCUGAAAGGUGCAGCCACUUGCUUUUAUGCAUUCAUAGGGUUUGACAUCAUAGCUACUACAGGGGAAGAAGCCAAAAGUCCCAAUACUUCUAUUCCAUAUGCUAUAACUGCUUCUUUGGUCACCUGUCUAACAGCAUAUGUGUCCGUAAGCGUUAUACUAACAUUAAUGGUCCCAUACAAUAUGAUUGAUUCAGAAUCACCACUGAUGGAGAUGUUUGUGGCACAUGGAUUCUACACUGCCAAAUUCAUUGUAGCCAUUGGAUCUGUAGCUGGGCUCACUGUCAGCUUGUUCGGUUCUCUGUUCCCUAUGCCCAGAGUAAUCUAUGCAAUGGCUGGUGAUGGAUUGUUAUUCAGGUUUUUAGCCCAUGUCAGCUCUUUCACAGAGACCCCAGUUGUGGCUUGUAUUGUGUCUGGAUUUCUUGCAGCCUUGUUGUCUUUACUGGUCAGCCUCCGUGAUCUCAUAGAAAUGAUGUCUAUUGGAACUCUUUUAGCCUACACCCUGGUAUCUGUGUGUGUCUUGUUACUGCGUUACCAGCCUGAAAGUGACAUUGAUGGUUUUGUUAAGUUUCUUUCUGAAGAACAUACCAAGAAAAAAGAAGGAAUCAUUGCUGAUUGUGAGAAGGAGGUGUGUUCUCCCAUGAGUGAUGGAGAGGAAUUCAUUGGUCCAGCCACUAACACAUGUGGGGCAAAGAACCUACCAUCUCUAGGGGACAAUGAAAUGCUUAUCGGUAAAUCUGACAAAUCCAACUACAAUGUUAACCACCCAAACUAUGGAACAGUUGAUAUGACAUCGGGCAUAGAGGCAGAUGGGUCUGAAAACAUUUACCUUUUCAAACUGAAGAAAUUCAUAGGCCCACGAUACUAUACAAUGAGAAUAAGGCUUGGCUUACCUGGAAAAAUGGAUCGACCAACACUCACCACAGGUCGCACCGUGACCACCUGUGUCAUGCUUCUGUUCAUUUUAUUAUUCAUCUUCUGCUCUUUUAUAAUAUUUGGUGCAGAUUACGUUUAUGACCAGGUGUGGUGGGCUGUCCUGUUGGUUGUUUUGAUGGUACUGCUCAUUAUUGCCUUGGUUUUUGUUAUCCUGCAACAACCGGAGAACCCCAAAAAAUUGCCUUACAUGGCGCCCUGUGUCCCAUUUGUUCCUGCCUUUGCCAUGCUAGUCAACAUUUAUCUUAUGCUAAAACUGUCAUCCAUUACUUGGAUCCGAUUCGCUGUCUGGUGCUUUGUAGGGUUGCUGAUAUAUUUUGGCUAUGGUAUGUGGAACAGCACCUUGGAAAUUAGUGCAAGAGAAGAGGUUCUCCACCAGAGCACUUACCAGAGAUAUGAUGUAGAUGACACCUUUUCAGUGGACGAUGGCCUUUCUUAUCCACCUGAAGAAGAAAAAUUCCAAGACAUGAGAAGUACAGAUACAAAAGGCCACUACUAUCAGCAGACAGGGGAGGCACAGGACAACAACCGGACAAACAGCAGAUCCAAAAGUAAAGGGAAGCAUAAACAGGACUUUGAUGCUUUGAUUGCCAAUGAGGAGUUAGACUAUCCAGAAUAAGUCACACAUUGUGUUUGCAAUCCACCUCAACUGUGGCCUAAACAGCGGCAGCUUCACAGGCCCUGUAUGGGGAUUCUCUUCUCUCUCAUACAGUGUACUGCUUACUAAGUUGUAAACAAGUGUUUAAUGUUUUGCUGACUUUCCUUUUCAUACAUAUUCGGCCUAAAUUAUCUUAGUAUCUUUUAUUUAACUACAAUGAGCAUAGUUCAAAACAAUACAGAGUACGAUGUUUCUUUCCAUUCACAUGGUUAACGUUAGGGUUGAAAUACAUGGUUACAGCUGGCAAUAUAUAAUAUUUAUAUAUUAUUAAAUAAAGAAAGCACUGUUUAUGAUUUUAAAAUAGAGUAGAGAAGAUUCUGAUGACGUGAAUCAGGAAAGAUUUAUGGUUUGAAAAUAAUUUUAUUCUAAAACCAAAGUAAGAGGACAUGCAGCAUUGUAAAAUACAUGGCACGGGAUUUCUAUUGUACUUGUCUAUCAUAAAAUAGUUCGGGGAUGGGAGUCGUGAUGGAAAUGGGUUAUACAAGUAGGGGAAUUAUGCAGGAAAGGUGCAAUCAGUCUAUUUGGAGAAUUUUGGCAAAGUUUCAACUACCUGGAAAAUUCCACUUAUAAAAUAUGUAAUAAAACUGUUAGAAUGGAAACUGACUUAUCAGAAUUUUCAUAGACACAUAAAUACUAUGGUGUGUAAAACCAUCAUGGUACAGCCAACUAUGAUAUUAUACAAUAAAUGUGUGGUUUAGAUGGGAGUAUAUUUCCAUUGUUCUUAUGGAAAGUGGAUGAUAUGGGCUAUAGUUUCUGACCUUGGGGAAUACAAGUGUUUUCAAGAUAAGUUGUAGUGCCCAAAAAACCUAUUGGUAGUAAUUGGAGCCUUAUGAGAACUAUUUAAAAAGGAUCUACAAAAAAUGAACUAAAUAUAAAAUGGGCACUCAGACACUAAAGGUCACGGACCCUUUACCAACAACUAUAGCCAUGAUACACUUGUUUUUGUAGGUCUUACGUCUAAAUCAGUGCUAUAGCUUGCAAAGGGCCCAUACCUUCGGGGCACUACUCUAAUGCUCAACUGGUCGUGCUGGCCUUGAGACAGACAAAAUAGUAAUCAUGAAUAAUAACAUACAGUGAAGCCAUGUGCCAAAUACCUAAGAGGGAAAACUAAAAAUAUAUUGGUUAUUAUGCUGCAUUAUCAAACAGUUCUAUUUAAGGGAUACUGCCUGUACAUAGCUAUACAUGUAGAGUAGUGGCUACGCCCGCAACGUUAUACGAUUAGACUCUGCUGGCUUCGAAAGAUUCCUAUUCCUCCGUGAGAGGAGUUUUCUUAUGUAGAUUUCAUAUAAAAUUUAAUAGAAAAUAAAUAGUAAUUAUUAAUACUAAGAAUCCUACCCUCAGGUGUGUAAUAUAAAUUCUAUCAAUGAUAUCAUUGAAUGCAUUUUAGUUAAGGUGCAGUUUCAGAUGGUCGCUGUUCCCUGAAAGGACAACCUUCUGAAACAUGUUCAUUUUUUGCCUACAUGGGAAAAGAUAUUGAAAAGUGAAACAAUAGUUCUGAUUGUAUACAUUGGAAUUCCUGCAGCCUAGAAACUCAGUUGCUGCAGUUGAAGACAUGUCCAAUAUAUUUUUACACGACUAUAAGUAUUUUUCAGAUGUAGUUGCAUGUUUCACUUAAAAUUCUUAAAUUGUGUGAUUUUCUACCUCUGCUUUUACUUCCACUGCUCUUUCAAUGUACAUAUUGUAGCAUUCAAUUUGGCUGUAAAUCCACCCAGUCUUUUUUGAUGCUUUUGAUAUCGCUAGAAUGUUUAUAGAUGUUAUGGAUCUACGGAUUGUUUUCAUGUCAUUGUUAUGUAGUGUCUUUGCUGUGCUUUAUAUCUAAAUUCACUAUUAAAGACUGAAAGUGUGGAAGGCAGGACAGUCUGAUGUGAAAACAUUGUAUUCUUGCACUGGGUAUACUAAAACACCAUAUAUAUAUAUAUAUAUAUAUAUAUAUAUAUAUAUAUAGAAAUAUGCUAUACAACUGUGUGUGACCAGUGCAUUCCCCAGAUAUACAGCUGUGCAACUUCUUUGUUCACCUCUAAAUAUUCUGUACUGGACUUAAAGUGCUGUUUCAUAAGUGAAAGCAACUUCACUAAAUUCCUGUUACACUCAAACCUUAACACGCUGUGGAUACAGUUGAAUGCAUUAUUUUAAUUACUACAUUGUACUUAUUUGUUGUUACAAAUAUAUAUAUUAACAGGUCUUUAUGUGCAGCCUGCAUAUUUUCAUAUACAUUGCAGGCUGCUCUGUCCCAUUCAUACUAAAAUUCAUCAGAAGACCAUUCGGUCUUCAGCACUUUUCUCUGCUCUCCUGAAUGAUCAUCCAUGUUGAUUUAUGAAAAUCAAGGUCAUAAAUCAGCUUAGAAGAUUCUUUCAGGAAAGGAGAGAGAGAGGGAUGCUGGAGACAAAGUUGUCAGGCAGCUUCUUUGAUGGAUUUCUUUAUGAAUGCGAGUAAAAAUGUUUUAAAUGGAAAUGAUAUUUUAGUGCAAGCUAACCCACCCAAGACAUACGAGAAGACUAAAUAUUUUUAUAUACGCCUUAGAUAAAUGCAGCAUAUUUCAUUGUAAUGUACAGGGUGGGCCAUUUAUAUGGAUACACCUUAAUAAAAUGGGAAUGGUUGGUGAUAU